UGAACAUCGAAACUGCGGAUUAUUUGAGGGUUACGUUGCGGUAAUUUGCUACACACAUGGUCUGAUCAGCUAAGAUCGUAACGAUUGGUAUUCAGAAGAUUAUAUUCAUUCGCAAUCAUGGUAUUUGUUAGUUGGGCAAGUGAUGGAUUGAGGAUAUACGAGUUAGAUGAAAAUAAAGGGAUUAUUCAAUUGGAAUACAAAUCAUCUACUACUGUGAAAUGUUUAUCUAUCGCAAAGUCAAGCAUGUGGAUGGGUUACCUUGAUGAAACUAGUGUAGUUAUGCUUGACGUCAAUGAUCGAUCUGUCGUUUCCACUAUCCCUGUUGAGCCAGCUUCACGGAUUCAACUAUCACCGUGUGGAAAAUUUGGAUUCAUCUACACUUCAUUUAAAACCGACAAUGAACAUCCAUCUGGUUCGCCAAAUAUAUUUGUGUAUGACAUGAUCAAUAGAACAAAGCUCAAAGAAUAUAUUUUCCGAAGAGGUGAUGGAUGGCAACCACAAUGGAAUUCCGAUGCAUCCUUUUGCUCGAUUUUUGUCAAUGGAGAAAUUCAUGUGUAUACAAACAAUCUAUUUUCUGAAAAACCGUAUGCUAAAUUAUCACUAAAAGGUAUCCGCCAUUUUUCUAUGAGUACUUCAAGUCAACCAAAUCUUGCAGUGUAUAUACCUGGGGAAAAGAACCAACCUUCUUUUGUCAGAGUUUAUCAAUGCCGUGAUAACCAACUGAUUCAUACUGCAAACAAAUCGUUUUUUCGUGCUGAUACAGUCCGACUAUUAUGGAAUGAUAAAGGAACUGAUUUACUCAUACUUACUUCAACAAAACUUAGUGAUGAAAGUUAUUAUGGGGAUCAAGGUCUUUAUUUUAUAUCAGCUAGUCGAUCUGGUGAUAGUGCGGUUGUUCCAAUGCCACGUAAAGGUCCAAUCUAUCAUAUAGCUUUUCAACCAACAAAUUAUUCAUCUUCUAUGAUAAAAAAAAAUAAAAAUAAAAAAGUUGAAGAAUAUUUUGUUGUUUGUUACGGAUUUACACCAGCAUCUGUAACAAUAUUCAAUUUGAACUGUGAACCAGUUCAUGAUUUUGGAACAGGUUCAUGGAAUGAAAUUCAUUUCAAUCCUCAUGGGAAUCUAUUGUUAUUAGCUGGGCUACGUAAUUUGUCAGGCGAUAUGUGUGUUUGGGAUUUUUCAACUCAUGAACGUUUAUCUUCAUUUAAAACAACUGAUGUGACAAGUGUUCAAUGGUUACCAGAUGGUGAACAUUUAAUAUUUGCUACAACAACUCCAAGAUUACGUGUAAAUAAUGGAUUUGGAAUAUGGCAUUAUAGUGGUAAACAAUUAUCCUAUCGACCAGUUGAACGACGUGCUAUUCCUAGAGCAGCUACACCAGAUUUACCCGCUGCAGUUGAUCAUGAAUUAUAUCAAGUUUCAGUUAUAUUUCCAACAAAACUGGAAUCUGCUCCUGAACCGAAAAAGUUUGAGUCUGUUAAUGUAGAUUCUGUAAAUAAGCGUUCUUCGGCUUACGUACCUCCGGUUCUUCGUAAUCGUUCUGCAGUAGCUGUACAAUCAUUGAAAGCAUCCAAUAUGAUUGAUCAUGGUAAAAUUUCUACCCACUCUUUUAACAAUAAUAAUUCUAACAUUGGAAAAUUGAAUCCAAGCAAAACUACUGGUUCAAAUCAGAAAACCGCAUUAUCUUCAAAUGAACCUGCCCGGACUGGUGUUACAGAUCCAACUUCAUCCAGUAAUAAAUGCGCUCACCCAGCUGCAUCAGACCCGAAAAACCAAAAGCAAGUUAAUCAGAUAUAUAAAAAAUUGACGCAGAUUGAGAAACUAAAAACAGAACAGGCAUCCGGAAAAACUUUGGCCUAUAACCAACUGGACAAAAUUGCGAGUGAGAAACAACUCCGGGAUGAAUUAGCUAAACUAUGCAUAUAAAGGCCAUGUUGACAAUUUUUUAUUAAAUUUUUCACGUAUUUAUUUGGAG